CGGUUAUCAAACAUUCACAUUUUUGAAACAGAUUCCCACCAAGUUGUGUCCAUCGAAUUUUUUUGAUUUCUCUAAUUCUGUUUCGUGAUCAUGUUUAACCGAUGAAUGAAAAUCAUGUCUCUUUUAUCAUGCUUUGGUCGAAAAAGUACUAACCACCAAUAUGAAGAAUAUAUUGAUUUUAUUGAUAUGAACAACACGGAUCUAGUUGAUGUACCAUUACAUAUAUUUCUAUAUGAAAGAACCUUAGAAAAGUUAUUGUUAUCUUCCAAUCAUAUCAAAGAUUUACCUUCACCUUUAUUUCAUUGCUGUCAGCUAAAAGUAUUACAUAUAAGUGACAAUAGAUUAGAACAUCUUCCAAAAGCAAUUGGAUCAUUGGUUAAUCUUGUCGAGUUAGAUGUGAGCAGAAAUUAUUUAUCAACAAUUGACGAAAACAUAAAGAAUUGUAAAAAGCUUUCUAUUUUAAACUUAAGUGCCAACCCUAUUUCAAUAUUCCCAAUACCUUUGACACAAGUAUUGUCUUUAGAAGAACUCUGUUUAAAUGACACACAAUUAGAAUUUAUACCAGCAAACAUUGGUAGACUAAUUAAUCUAAGAGUAUUAGAAUUAAGAGAUAAUAAAAUAACUCAAAUACCCAAGGCUGUUUCACGUUUGAUGCAAUUAUAUAGACUUGACAUCGGACAAAAUGACUUCAUCGAUUUUCCUACUGCAAUAAGUGAUCUUUAUGGAUUACAUGAGUUGUGGAUUGACUCCAAUGAUAUUGUGGACAUUCCUUCUGAAGUUAGCAAUUUACAUGAAUUAUGGUAUUUUGAUGCUAGUUAUAAUAGAAUAUCUAAAAUUGAUCAAGAUAUUCAAUAUUGUUCAAAAUUAAAAGACCUCCAUUUAUCAUUUAACAAUUUAAAAAGUUUACCAAAUUCAAUGAAGCAUUUACAUGAUUUAGUCACAUUAAAGGUAGAUCAUAAUUGUUUGAAACAAAUGAAUGGUAUUUUUGAAGGUUUACAAUGUUUAGAAGAACUUGAUGCUUCUUACAAUUGUUUAGAAACUUUAUCACCUACUGUUGGUUUAAUGAGAAGAUUAAUUACUUUACGUUUGGAUGCCAAUCGAUUAACCAGUUUACCAACUGAAAUUUGUAGUUGUAGAAGCUUAAGAGAACUUAGCCUACGAUCUAAUAAUUUAUCAAGUUUGCCUGACGGCAUUGGAAGCUUACAAAAUUUAGUUGUUUUAAUGCUGACACAAAACAAGAUUACAAAUCUGCCCCUCUCAGUUCUUAAGUUAAAAAAUCUAAAUGCACUUUGGCUAUCAGAAAAUCAAAGCAAACCACUGACACCUUUACAAAACGACUUUGAAGAUGAGACUGGAAAACAUAUUUUAACUUGUUAUUUAUUACCACAAAGGGAAGAGAGUUAUAUGGAAAUUAAAGAUCGGAGUCAUAAACCUCUUAAAACAAAUACAAGAAUCAGGUUUACUGAAGAUUCUGGUUUAGAAGAACCAGGAAAUUUAAUGAGAGUUCCUACACCACAUCCCAAAAAAAUGAGAGCAUUUGCAAAAAUGUUAUUGGAAAGGAAAAAGAAAAAUAAUGAACUAUCAAAUGAAUUUGAUAGACAACUUUCAACUGAAAUUGAUAAUUGUACAAUAAUAGAUCAAGAAGCGGAAAAAAUGGAACAACUUUAUCAAAUGAAAAAUUGUGUGAUUGAACCAGAAAAAAUAUAUGAACCAAAAGUAAACACACAAAGAGUUCCGCCACCUUACCAUAUUGCAGCAGCUUACUCAAAACAAGUAUCAUUUUUUAAUAAUGAAAAUCUUAGCUGAGGUAAAAGUAGGUAAUUAAAUGAAUAAAUAUGUUUGAGAUAGACAUAAUUAUUUUUAUAUGAUCAAACUUUACUAAAACUUCCUAAUCAAGAAUGUGUUAAUUGUAAAAUAUUUUUUUUUAUAACUAAUAUUUGUUACAUGAUUUUUAACAAAACCUAUUUUUAAAUUGAGAUUUAUAUUUGCUUUUAUUUUAUUUUAUAAUUUGAAAAUGUACUAACCCAAUUAAAGAUAAUUUUAACAGCCUAAUUUUUAUAAAUCAAAAAUACAGUUUUAUUUGAAACCAUUAAUGUUAAAAGUAAGUGUAAUUUAAAAUAAUUAAUUUAACUGUAAAACAUCUAUCUUAGUGAUGUUUAAAUUUGUAUGAAUGGUUUCAUGUAUUUAAUUUUUGGGCUUUAGUUAUAAAGCUAUAACUUAAAGAUUAGAAAUUAAAAAUGUACCAGUACCACUAUAGAAUCAAAUUUAGUUAUAGUGUUUUCUCAGUAAAUACUAACACAGUAAUUUGUACUAUUUAUCUCAUUUUUAAGUUCUAUUGAUGAAUAUGACAUUUAGUGAGAUUUUUGUAUCUAGCUGUUAACAAAGUACAAAUUAAUACUUAACUCUUAGAUUUUAAUUUAAAUAUUUAUUAUACAACCCUAUUGUAAACCAACAAUUGUCAAAAUGUAUGUCAAAACUUACCAAUGUAAAAUUCUUUUAUUUUCAUUUUUUAUUGUGAUUUUUAAUCAUACUUUAACAAUGUAUGUGGCGUUGAUUAAAUUUUAACUCAAUAUUGUAAUGUUUUGAAUUGACUAUGUAUUUAUUGAAAUGACAUAAAAAUAUAUUUUAUAUACAUUAAAUAUACAUUAA